AUGGAUCCGAGGGUAGCCUGGAUUCAGCCGGAGCAGAAAGGACCAGCGAACGCCUUAUGGAUGCACGUCUGGGAGACCUCUCAGGGAGUACGGACGCUGUCCCCCCAGCAGCAGCUCGCCCACAAUCAAAACCACAACCAGUGCGUGAGAUACGUGCUGAAAAAUGUGGCCAAGAACCGCAACGGUAGCGUUCCGGGCAGCGGCGGCGGCCAUCGCUGCAUCCCGCACGUAGCUCCGCACGGAGGGGCUUUAAACGGCUUUUCUCCGGGGGCUCCUCCGGGUCUGGCUCCGUCCAACGGGACCGGGCACGGCUCCUUUACCACGGCCGGUUCGGUCGACCCGGGCGAGGGGAGGAUCCUGCCCCAGAAAACGGGCUCCGUAAGCCCGUCGUCGUCUUCUUCCCGGGAAUCCCGCACGGACAGUCCUCCCUCGGGCUGCCCGGUCCAGAGGACUACGGGGGGGAACUUUAACAGACACGUCGGGGGUGCCAAUUUGCUCUACACCUUGAGCGACACUAUGGAAAAUAACGUCAACCUCUACCACCAUCAACACCAUAACCACCAUCACCGGAACCAACAGGAGUACCCGGCGUUCAAUUUACAGCAGGUUCAUCCCUCGGUACCCGUAAAUCACACCGCCAACCAUCACCCGGGCCGGAGGAAAAGCGACAACAAGGCGAGCACGUAUGGGAUGAAUUACUUUCUUUCGAACUGCACGAACGGAAAUUAUGUGAACAUUUGGACGCCGUGGAAGACGAGGAAAUACAACCCCGGGGUCCUCGGUUGGAAGCUAAGCAACACGUUCUAUUGUAUUUCCACAGUUUCAUCCCCGAAGGAGCCGGUCCGGGAUCAGGACCCCUGUGUGUUGGGGGGCGUGGUGGGUUCUGAGGAGCAGCAGAGGGACUCUGUUUCCCCCCACAGCGCGGACUCCCCGAUGUCCAUCCCCAGCUCCCAGCAGCACUCCUCCGCCUCCUCCGUGUCCUCGCUGUCCGGAUCCGAUAACGACUCUGACUCGGCGUUGCCGUGCCCCCUCCCGCCUCCGACCCUCCCGGCGUACCCGUCCUUCCCCCCCUUCGGCCUGGCUUUGCCCCCCACCCUCAGCAUGGCCGCCGGAAAGCCGGGCAUGGGAGGACACCAUCUGCUGCUUCCACUCCAUGAAGAGGUGAUGGACUUCUACAACUUCAUGUCUCCGCAGCCCGAGGAGGCCGCUAUGAGGAAGGAGGUGGUCAACCGGAUAGAGAUGAUCAUCAAGGAGCUGUGGCCCACUGCGGAUGUUCCCAUCAUCAAGCUGACGGACCAGGAAACGGAGGUGAAGGUGGACAUCAGCUUCAACGUGGAGACCGGAGUCAAAGCGGCCAGCUUUAUCAAAGACUACGUAAAGAAGUACCCGGUGCUCCCGUACCUGAUCUUUGUGCUGAAGCAGUUCCUGCUUCAGAGAGAUCUGAACGAGGUUUUCACCGGGGGCAUCAGCUCUUACAGCCUCAUCCUCAUGGUCAUCAGCUUCCUGCAGCUCCAUCCUCGAAUCGACGCCAGAAACCCCAACGAGAACCUGGGCAUGUUGCUGAUCGAGUUCUUUGAGUUGUACGGUCGACAUUUCAAUUACUUGAAAACGGCGGUUCGCAUCAGAGACGGAGGCUCGUACGUUUCCAAAGACGAGAUCAUGAAGACCAUGACGAACGGAUACAGGCCAUCCAUGCUCUGCAUAGAGGACCCACUACUCCCAGGUAACGAUGUGGGGAGAGGCUCCUACGGGGCCAUGCACGUGAAACAGGUGUUCGACUACGCCUACACCGUCCUGAGUCACGCCGUGUCUCCACUGGCGCGCUCCUACCCAAACAAAGACGGGGAAAGGUUAGGCCCCGCCCCAAUACCCGGCCCUAUAGAGGCCCGCCACGCCUCUAAAACGCCUCUGCCUCUCUGCUCCCACAGCACACUGGGGAGGAUAAUCAGGCUGACACAGGAAGUGAUCGACUACAGGAAGUGGAUCAUUAAGAAGUGGGGCGGCAGAGAUUCAAUACGGACGGACAAUAGAGGUACGGAUCGGACUAAACUGUUUGUUAAUUCGAUUUUAACACUGAGAGACGUGUGA